UAAUAUUUCUAUUAUUUUUUUGUCAUAUUCACGAAGCUUUUGUGUCAUUAGCAAAAUAUAAUAUUGAUAUUAAUGAAACAUCGGUAUCGGGUCUAUCAUCGGGUGCUUUCUUUGCUGUCCAAUUUCAAGUGGCCUUCAGUUCAAUUAUAAAAGGCGCCGGUAUUGUAGCGGGCGGUCCAUAUGAUUGCGGCGGUGAGACUAUGUAUGCGUUUUGUAUGUUUUUGAACGUACCGUUGGUUUCAUUAUCCGUUCAGAAGACUAGACUCAGAAGUGGUCAAUCUAUUGAUGAUAAGUCAAACCUAUUGAAUCAUAAAGUGAUGAUGAUUUCUGGCACUAAAGAUGUGACAGUUAGUACUUCAGUGAUGAAUCAGUUAUAUAAAUAUUAUGUUACCGAAAGUGACUUCAUUCCGGUCGAUAAUAUUCAAUAUAAACAAGAUUUAGUGGCUUCGCAUACCUUUCCCACCGACUUUGACAGCGCCGGCAAUAAUGAUUGUGAUGUCAGUGCCAGUCCGUAUGUCAGUAACUGUGGUUAUGAUGGUGCCGGUGCCAUACUUAAGCAAAUAUACGGUGAUAUUAAACCAAGAAAAGAUACUAAUAGGACCGGUAGUUUCAUAGAARUAGAUCAGUCAGAAUUUAUAUCAAAUCCAUUAGCUAAUGGAUUAGACACAAAGGGAUACCUAUAUGUGCCAAAAACCUGUACCGAUGGUCAUAAAUGUAGACUUCAUGUGGUGUUUCACGGAUGCCUUCAAUCUUAUUCACAAAUUGGUGACAAAUUUAUUAAAAAUGCUGGUUAUGACCGAUGGGCCGAUAACAACAAUUUACUGAUUUUGUUCCCUCAAACCUACUCUGAUCUGACCAUACAUUUGACACCGACCAAUGGUUAUGUAUAUAAUGCCAACGCUUGUUGGGAUUGGAUCGGUUGGUACGGUGGCGCCGGCUUUUCAACCAAAAAUGGUAUACAAAUUGCUUUUAUUAAAAAAAUGAUUGACAGAAUUGCUGGAAAAAUUUGAAU